AUGCACGAAAUAACCAAUGCGUUUCUCCACUAUUUAUCCCUUCUUAUGCCUCCCUCUUGGCUUCAGUUCGGUUUUUGCUGGUGGGUUGGGGAUGAGUGUGGAAAAACUGCAUGGCCCAAUCCCAGAGCUCGUUUCAAAAGGACAAAGCCUUUUACAGAUCAGGAAGUAAGAGCGCAAGAUCCUUCCACCUCCACUUCCCCUGUUCAGAGUUGCGUCUCGCUAGCUGCUAGCCCCACGCUUCCCCAGGGGUCUCCGUGGGGCAGAAUCUGGCAAGCUGUGGAGCGCAACUUUUGGGAUCCAUUCGCUAUCCAACAGCGCUGGUGCCAAAAUCGUCAGCUUCCACAUCAUCAAACGAGUACUGGGAAAAGCGACACUGUGUCUGAAAAAGAGCUGAGUGUAAUCGUUUCUGAAGAGGAGGGAAGGAACGAGCGGGGAAGGGAAGCUGUCUUUUCGGGCAUGAGCGCGGUGAUGGAGCUGCCCAGCUCGCUUGAUUCCUUGUCGGAUUCGGCAAGACUGACAGGAAACGGGAGGGUCAUGGAUCGACAGGUACAGGAGAUGGGGACCCAAGUAACAAUAACUGUAGCUAUUGAGGCUGCGGAAGACGAAGACCCUUCGGAAGUGCUUUCCUCAAACCACCUAGAUAUCCACGGGGGCAGCUGUAGUGAAGACGACGUGGGGAGACACGAUAAAUCCAGUGGAGCAGGCACCAGCGGUGGGGAGCUGGAGGAGGAGAGCUGGCAGCCCCCGGACCCUGAUCUGACGCAGAAGCUUGUGGCCCAGAUUGAAUUCUACCUUUCAGACGAGAAUCUGGAGCACGACGCCUUCUUGCUGAAACACGUCCGCCGCAACAAGAUGGGCUACGUCAGCGUCAAGCUGCUGACCUCUUUCAAGAAGGUGAAGCACUUCACGCGGGACUGGCGAACGACGGCGUACGCGCUGAGGCAGUCGACGCUGCUGGAGCUGAACGACGAGGGGCGGAAGGUGCGUCGGCGGGUGCUGGUGCCCGUGUUCGCCAGCGAGAGCCAGCCCAGCCGCAUGCUGCUGCUCAGCGACCUCCAGCACUGGCCCGAGCUGGGCCUGGCCCAGAGGGCCGGGGGCCCCGCCGGGGAUUCUGGGAUGGGGCCGGAGGCCGGGGAGAGUGGCGUCGGGGGCACCUCGGGCGGGGCGGCGCAGCAGGAGCGCCUCAUGGAGGCGCUCCUCAAAGCUUUCGGUACGUUCGGCCCCAUCGCUUCGGUGCGGGUGCUGAAGCCUGGGAAGGACCUGCCGUCUGACCUGAAGAAGCUCAGCGGCCGCUACGCCCAGCUGGGCACGGAGGAGUGCGCCAUCGUGGAGUUCGAGGAGGUGGAGGCCACCAUCAGAGCCCACCAAGCCAUGGGGGGCGAGACGGAGGGCGGGGGAGGUGUCCGAGGACUGAAGGUGGUGCUGAUCGGGACGAAGCCCCCAAAGAAGAAGGUCCCCAAAGACCGGCCGCGGGAGGAGGGGGCCAUGCGGAAGAGCCGCUCCCUGAACAGCCGCGUGCGGGAGCUGCAGUACCUGGGGGACGACUCGGCCUGCAGCUCCUCCGACACGGAGAGCAACCCCACCUCCCCCCGGGUGGCCCGCAAGGUCCGGUCCACCACCAACAAGCUGAGCCCCACGGGCGGAGGGGUGGCCUACCAGCAGAACAACCACCUGAGCCCCGGCGUCUCUCCCCGCUCCAGCCCCUGGUCAAGCCCCCGAGCCAGCCCCUGCUCCCAGAGGAAGUCCCCGCACGCCCAGAAGUCGCCCCUGGCCAGCGAGGGCAGGCUGAGCCCGGAGUCGGGCCGGCGCUGGGCGGACUACUCCUCGGACAGCAGUCUGACGCCGUCGGGCAGCCCCUGGGUGCAGCGCCGCAGGCAGGUGGCUUCCCAGGAGAGCAGCCCCGUCGGCAGCCCCAUGAUGGGCCGGAAGAUCCAGAACGCGGACGGCUUGCCCCCAGGGGUGGUGAGGCUCCCCCGGGGGCCGGAUGGGACCCGCGGUUUCCACUGUGCCUCGCUGGGACAGAGGGGUACUUCCGCAACUGCCCAAACCUGAUCUGGCCAUGCCGAGAGUACCUCGAUUCCCAGUGUCCUAAUUUCCAAGUCACCGUCCAGUACUACUGAGUGAUGACUAGACUCUAACCCCCAACCUCCUCUACCACUCUGCUUCUCUCACCAGACAGACCUGGGCCCUAUUUCAUACACCUCGCUAACUCCAUUAGCCUGAUUAGAUUGUAGAUAUUCAAAAUGUUCGGUUUCACAAAGGGACUUUCGCAAUUUAGAUGCGUUUGUUGCUGGGAAGACAGAGUAUUAAGCAAUUGCUUUGUUUUAAAUUAGGAGGAUAGCAUGUACAUAACUGAUAUAAAUCACCUGGUGAAAACACACUCAGACAGCAGAAAUGAGCUCAGCUUUUGUACGUGAGAUUCUUGUCGAUGAACAAGCCAAAGAAGAGAGCAUUUAGAAGGGAACAUGUUUUUUUAGAACGAGACCUUUUAACGCUAACGGGAAUUGUUUACCUCCAACAGUUAAUAGAAGUGCAUAUUGCAAAGCGAAGCAAGCCCUGCAGAUACUGUAUUUCACUCUCUAACAGCCACAUUUUAAAAUGUUUUUGAUGAUGCUGAAAAUAUAAUAAACUUUAUUUGUCCACUUGUUGCAUACAUACAUGUAAUGUACAGUGCACUAACAAAUAAAUAUUUCCAUAGCGUUCCCAAAUGUCCAGUGAGGUCAACCACUUGUCCAAUAAGGUGUACAAGUUAUUGGUCAUGAAUUUAUGAUUUUAUUCAUACGGAUACUUUGACUUACUGCACGCAGUUAUCCGAGAUGAUUCAAUGCAACAUUGACUAAUAGAAUCGUAGUUAAAAUGGAAUAAGGCCAAACUUAAUUCAUCAGAUAAUUUGACACGAGAUGCGUCAGAUUAUCCUCGAUUGCUCAAGCGACAUGUAUGUAAUAGGGCCAAGUAAUAGGGCCGAGAUGAGAAUUUUGUUUGAAUGCAAGGUUUGCCUUGUAUUUUUGUUUCUUUUCAAAGCUAUUGGUGUGUUUAUACAUGGUUACACUUGAUUUGAUACUGUUGGGAAUUGAUUUUAUAAGCUAUGCUUUGAAACUGUUACUUCUGUCCGAGAACUUUGUUCUGAUUUCUGAGAAAUCCCAACUUAAGUUUGAAUUUGUUUUUGUUUGAUGGCAAACUGCACACAGCAAUGGAAAACGCAUCUCUGUCAGUUGUGUGAUCUUCCUGGAAUGGGGUGGGGAGUGUAAUCGAUUUCCUUAAGCUUUUGUUUAAGAACAGUGUCUUGAGUACUAUAUUGUGUGUUUACAGAAACAAACCGGCCUGAGGCACUUGUUAGUGGAUUUUGUAAAAGUGUUUGAAAAUGUAAAUCUUGUAUUCCGUUUCACCAUAGGCCUUUUGUCGUUUGUAAUUUUUUGGAUUAUUCACAAUAUAAACAAACUGACAUACUAUCACUUGUGGCCAUGGUUAUCUCUUUGUUUGCCUAUUACAGUAGAACCAUGUUUUUGACUGUAAUUGUUUUAGUUUUCUUUCCCCCUACUAAUGUUUCCCUGUAGCAGUUUAGUGAAUAAAAAUUGUAUAUUUAUGGAUCACUGUUCAAGGGGAAGUGCUCUUGCUGGAAGAAAGUGAGGUUUCACAGCGUUUCCUGUGAAUGUGACCUACACAUGGGUAUAUGAGUGUGAUGAGGGAUAGGGGGGGUCAGCUUUGACAUCUGCCUCAACUGUGAGGGGGUACUGAAAUGCAUAGUGUAUUUUCUUGUUGUACAAAUAAAGCACUAAAUACGGCAUUUCAUCUGA